AUGUUGGAUUGGCAUUCAGUCCUUUCUCAAUUCCAAGUUGCGGAUGAUGAUAAUCGAGAUGAGCCAAACCGGAAUGACAUGGUUGAUUUGCAUUCAGUUCUAUCUCAACUCCAAGGCUUGUUACUCAACUCCAAGACUCAGCUGACCUUUGCGGUGUCAUUUGCCAACCUCAGCCUCCUCCACAAACCUUUGGAGGAGCAAAAAGAGAAGGCAUUGAAGGGGUUGAGGAAGAGGAUGAAAAUCGCUAGGGCUUUGUUGUGGAUCGCUACCGUCGUCUUCUUCAUCGCUUUCGUGCUUGGUUUCUGGAUCGUCUACCCCGAUGAAAACCCGGUUGAUCCCGUAAUGCUUAGAGCCAAUAUCUGGCCUAGGUGGUUUACCCUAGGUUUAGCUGUCGUUAAAGUGGCUCCAACUAUGGCCAUUGUUUACAACCGCCGUGUCGAGGCCUACCUUUUUCUUUAG